AAUCCUGUGAACCCGCCAGCACAGAAACACAAUCUGUUCCCUCCUCGACGCAACACAACACAACACGAAUCCAAAGCGAGAAGCUAACAAAAACCGUACCCUAAUUCAAAACGACCACUUCCACGUGACUUCACUUCCUUCGUUUCACGCUAUACCAAACCUUCUCUUCUACACUAAAAGCCCCCGUUUCGCUCCCGGGCGCAAAUUCAAAACAAUACUCUCGGCGCACGGGAUCACUCACUCCCAUGGCGGACACUGGCGGCGGCGACGACAAUGGCGUUACCUAUCUCCACGGCGACCUCGAUUUGAAAAUCAUCGAGGCGCGCCACUUGCCCAACAUGGACAUCUUCUCCGAGCGUCUCCGCCGCUGCGUCACAGCCUGCGACACUAUCAAAUUCCACUCCGAGGCUCCCGCCGGCGGCGGCGGAGCCGGCCAGCGGAAGCACCACCAUCCGAGGAUCAUCACGAGCGAUCCGUACGUCACCGUUUCGGUGCCGCAAGCCACGGUGGCACGCACGCGCGUGCUGAAGAACUCGCCGAACCCUGUGUGGGAGGAACAGUUCAACAUCCCGCUCGCGCAUCCCGUGGUGGAUUUGGAGUUUCGCGUCAAGGACGACGACGUUUUCGGCGCGCAGACCAUGGGAACGGUCAAGGUUCCGGCGCGGCGGAUUGCCACCGGAGCGAAGAUUUCCGAGUGGUUUCCGAUUCUGUUGCCGUCCGGGAAGCCGCCGAAGCCGGACACGGCGCUGCACGUGGAGAUGAAAUUCACUCCGGUGUGGGAGAAUUUACUGUACCAGCGAGGCAUUGCGGCGGAUCCCGAACACAACGGCGUGAGGCACACGUAUUUUCCGGUGAGGAAGGGGAGUUCGGUGAGGUUGUACCAGGACGCGCAUUGUACCGAAUCUGGUGAAGGGAAGUUACCGGAGAUUAAGUUGGAGAAUGGAAAUGUUUAUAGACACGAGAAGUGUUGGGAGGAUAUUUGUUAUGCUAUAUCUGAGGCUCAUCACAUGGUGUAUUUGGUGGGUUGGUCGAUUUAUCAUAAGGUGAGGCUCGUUAGAGAGCCUACUAGGCCGUUGCCGCGCGGUGGCGAUUUGACGCUUGGUGAGUUGCUUAAGUAUAAGUCUGAGGAAGGGGUGAGAGUGUUGUUGCUGGUUUGGGAUGAUAAAACUUCGCAUGAUAAGGUUUUCCUCAAGACGGCUGGUGUGAUGGGGACUCAUGAUGAGGAAACCAGGAAGUUUUUUAAGCAUUCUUCUGUUAUGUGUGUUCUGUCGCCUCGGUAUGCCAGCAAUAAAAUGAGCUUCUUGAAGCAACAGGUUGUUGGAACGGUCUUCACACACCACCAAAAAUGUGUGAUUGUGGACACACAGGCUGCUGGUAAUAACCGGAAGAUAACUGCUUUUAUAGGAGGUCUUGAUCUAUGUGAUGGUCGCUAUGACACACCCGAGCAUCGUCUGUUUCGUAAUCUUGACGAUGUAUUUGAUGGUGAUUUCCACAAUCCUACAUUUUCUGCUGGAACAAGAGUUCCUAGACAACCAUGGCAUGAUUUGCACUGCAGAAUAGAUGGACCUGCUGCAUAUGAUGUUCUUAUUAACUUUGAGCAGCGAUGGAGAAAAGCAACUAAGUGGAAAGAGUUUGCGAUCCUUUUCAAAAAAUCCUCUCAAUGGCAUGACGAUGCUUUAAUAAGAAUAGAACGCAUCUCAUGGAUAUUAAGUCCUUCUGGUGCUGCUACCUUAAAGGAUAAAUCGGAUGAUUAUACUGUUCCAGAGGAUGACCCUUUAGUAUGGGUUUCUAGUGAAGAUGAUCCUGAAAACUGGCAUGUUCAGAUCUUCCGCUCCAUUGACUCAGGAUCCCUGAAAGGAUUUCCCAAACGUGUUGAUGUUGCUCUGUCCCAGAAUCUUAUCUGUGCUAAAAAUUUGGUUAUAGACAAAAGCAUUCAAACAGCAUACAUUCAAGCGAUCAGAUCUGCUCAACACUUUAUUUAUAUUGAAAACCAAUACUUCAUUGGAUCAUCGUAUGCAUGGCCAGCUUAUAAAGAUGCAGGGGCUGAUAAUCUCAUCCCAAUGGAAUUGGCACUGAAAAUUGCUAGUAAAAUUAGAGCUAAGGAGAGAUUUGCUGUCUACAUUGUUUUACCAAUGUGGCCAGAAGGUGAUCCUAAAACUGGGGCUAUGCAAGAAAUCCUCUUUUGGCAGGGCCAAACGAUGCAAAUGAUGUAUGAUGCAGUUGCUAGAGAAUUGAAAUCAAUGCAGCUUACUGAUGUGCACCCACAAGAUUACCUCAAUUUUUAUUGCCUUGGUAAUCGGGAACACUUUAAUGAAGAUAGUUCAAGCACAAAUGGUGCACAGGUCUCAACAGCAUAUAAAUAUCGCCGUUUUAUGAUUUAUGUGCAUGCUAAAGGGAUGAUCGUCGAUGAUGAGUAUGUUAUAAUUGGAUCUGCUAAUAUAAACCAAAGAUCUAUGGCUGGUACUAAAGAUACUGAGAUAGCUAUGGGUGCAUAUCAACCCCAUUACACGUGGUCAGCAAAGAAAAGACAUCCACAUGGCCAGAUUUAUGGUUACAGAAUGUCACUUUGGGGAGAGCAUCUUGGCAUGUUAGAUGAAACUUUUGAAGAACCAGAGAGAUUGGAGUGUGUGCAUAAAGUGAAUAAAAUUGCAGACAACAAUUGGAAAUUAUUCGCUUCUGAAGAUUUCUCACUUUUGCAGGGACAUCUUCUUAAGUAUCCUGUACAGGUAGAUUCCGAUGGGAAGAUUAGAUCCCUACCUGACUGUGAGAAUUUCCCCGAUGCCGGGGGUAAGAUACUGGGGGCUCACUCCACGACAAUUCCAGAUAUCCUAACAACUUAAACUCCUGAAUUCAUGUCGUUGAAGAUUUGUAAAGAUUGUGAUUUGUUGCCUGCCCCUUCCUGAGAAAGAGGACAGAAAAAGAAGUUGGGGGUAAAGUUAUGUAGCUUUCUGUACUUAAAAAUGAUUGUUCAGAUCACUUGUAAAUCUUUCACACAGAAUUGAUUCAUAUUUUGAAAGGAUCACCAGUUUAUAGAUAUCCGUUACCCUGUCCUCCUUUAUUUGGUCA